UCUCUCUCUCUCUCUCACACACACACUCUAUAUCUCUCUCUACUACAAUGUUGAGCAAGAGUUUUUACUCGCCGCUCUGAUUCUCAUUACGAGCGUUUAGCGUCUUUCGGUGGUUGGGACAUGAAGAGGAGGAAGAUGUUGGGUCGAAUCGCGGCCCUGGCAUUGCUAUGUUGUUUACUUCCGGCUGUUGCUCCGCUCUCCAACGAAGGGAAGGCUUUAUUGGCGAUGAAGGCGUCUUUUACCAACGUAGCUAACUUGCUUCUGGAUUGGAACCCUUCCGCCACCUCUGCUGACGACGCCAACGCUACAGCUGCCGAGGGCUUGGAUGAACAUUGUGCCUGGCGAGGCGUCCUCUGCGAUAAUCUUACCCCCACCGUUGUUUCCCUGAACCUCUCGAAUCUGAACCUUGGCGGAGAAAUCUCUCCUGCGGUUGGGGAGCUCAAGAGCUUGCUGUCGCUAGAUUUGAAGGGGAACCGACUUAUGGGGCAGAUCCCAGAUGAAAUUGGGGAUUGUGUUUCUCUCAAAUACCUAGACUUAUCUGGAAACUCUCUCUAUGGAGACAUUCCUUUCUCAGUAUCGAAGCUCAAGCAGCUAGAAGAACUGAAUCUGAAGAACAACCAAUUGACCGGAUCCAUCCCUUCGACUCUUUCUCAGAUACCAAAUCUCAAAACACUUGAUCUUGCUCAGAAUCAGCUCACUGGCGAGAUUCCCAGGCUCAUUUACUGGAAUGAAGUUCUGCAGUAUCUUGGACUUCGAGGUAACUCACUUACAGGAAUUUUGUCCCCGGAUAUGUGCCAGUUGACUGGCUUGUGGUACUUUGAUGUGAGAGGCAAUAACCUUACGGGACCUAUACCAGAGAAUAUAGGGAACUGUACCAGUUUUGAAAUUUUGGAUAUCUCUUACAAUGCAAUCACUGGCGAGAUCCCCUACAAUAUUGGUUUCCUUCAAGUGGCUACUCUAUCACUUCAAGGAAACAGACUUACUGGGAAGAUACCAGAGGUCAUUGGACUCAUGCAAGCUCUAGCGGUUCUGGACUUGAGUGAAAAUGAACUGAUUGGUCCAAUUCCACCAAUACUUGGAAAUCUAUCAUACACUGGCAAACUGUAUCUGCAUGGUAAUAAACUUAGUGGACCUAUUCCUCCUGAAUUAGGAAACAUGUCAAAGCUCAGCUAUCUACAGUUGAAUGGCAAUGAGCUAGAGGGUACUAUUCCUGCUGAGCUUGGGAAACUUGAAGAUCUUUUUGAGUUGAAUCUCGCCAAUAACAAACUUGAGGGUCCCAUUCCUCGAAACAUCAGCUUAUGCACUGCUCUUAAUCAAUUUAAUGUGCAUGGUAACCGGUUGAAUGGUUCCAUUCCUCUGGAGUUCCAGAAGUUAGAAAGUUUGACCUAUCUGAAUUUCUCAGCCAACCAUUUCAAGGGCAAGAUUCCUGAUGAAUUGGGGCAGAUUAUUAAUCUUGAUACAUUGGAUCUUUCUGACAACAAUUUCUCUGGCCAUAUUCCUGAUUCCAUUGGCGAUCUUGAGCACCUUCUUGUACUAAAUUUGAGUAGGAAUAACCUCAAUGGACCUGUCCCUAAUGAAUUUGGGAAUCUAAGAAGUGUGCAAGUAAUUGACCUAUCCUACAACAAGCUUUCUGGUUUCAUUCCUGAAGAACUUGGUCAGUUGCAGAACAUUAAUGCUUUGAUCCUGAACGAAAACAAUAUUCAUGGAGGGAUACCAUCUCAACUUACCAAUUGCUUCAGCUUAACUAAAUUGGAUCUUUCUUUCAACAACUUAUCAGGUUACAUUCCUGCAGCAAAGAACUUUUCUAGGUUCCCUUCUGAGAGUUUCUUGGGAAAUCCUUUGCUAUGUGGAAACUGGCCUGGAUCUUCUUGUUCUCUAGAUGGUCAUGCAUCAAGAAUUAGCAUCUCUCUGGCUGCAGUCGUUUGCAUAACCUUAGGUUUCAUCACAUUGAUAUUGAUGGUCUUGGUAGCAAUCUACAAGUCCAACCAACCUAAGCCUUUUAUACAGGGUCCUUGUAGAACCGGACAAGGCCCUCCAAAGCUUGUAGUUCUUCAGAUGGAUCUGGCUAUUCACACAUAUGACGAAAUCAUGAGAAUUACAGAAAACCUUAGUGAACAAUACAUAAUUGGUUAUGGUGCUUCAAGCACAGUGUAUAAAUGCGUUUUAAAGAACUCGAGAGCUAUAGCCAUAAAAAGGCUAUAUAGCCAGUACCCUCAUAACCUGCGUGAAUUUGAGACUGAAUUGGAAACCAUUGGCAGUAUCAGGCACAGAAAUCUCGUUAGCCUGCAUGGAUACUCCCUCUCCCCUCAUGGCAAUCUUCUGUUCUAUGAUUACAUGCAAAAUGGUUCACUGUGGGAUCUUCUUCAUGGACCUUCAAAAAAGGUUAAGCUUGAUUGGGACACACGCCUGAAGAUAUCAGUUGGUGCUGCCCAAGGUUUAGCUUACCUCCACCAUGACUGCAACCCGCGAAUCAUCCAUCGUGAUGUGAAGUCCUCCAACAUACUACUUGAUGAGAACUUUGAAGCUCACCUUUCUGACUUUGGCAUUGCUAAGUGCAUCCCUUCUGCUAAAACCCACGCAUCCACAUAUGUCUUGGGCACCAUUGGUUACAUUGAUCCUGAGUAUGCUCGAACCUCUAGACUUACAGAGAAGUCUGACGUCUACAGCUUUGGGAUUGUUCUCCUUGAGCUUCUGACAGGAAAGAAGGCGGUCGACAAUGAGGCAAACCUGCACCAGCUGAUACUAUCAAGAGCUGAUGACAACACAGUAAUGGAGGCGGUGGACUCCGAGGUUUCAAUAACUUGCAUGGACCUUGGUCUUGUGAGGAAGGCAUUUCAACUAGCUUUGCUUUGCACUAAGAGGCACCCUUCCGACCGCCCUACCAUGCACGAAGUGUCUCGGGUUCUCACCUCGCUGAUGCCGGCGCCUAGCUUGAAGCCACCAUGUUCCCUGCCUUUGAAAACUAAGGAUUACAGCAGGAUCAUAGCUAGUGAGGAGAAGACUCAGGACAGGGAUGAUGAUGAUCACCAUCAGUACAGCAGCUCUUCUGAUGGGCGAUGGUUUGUGAAAUUUGGAGAGGUUAUUUCCAAAAACACUCUUUGAAUAGUUGUUUAGGCGUUUGAUGUGUAGUUUUCGACAGAACAUAGGAGUGCCCACAAUGGGUGACGAAAGUGUUGAAACUUUUCUUUGUUUUAGUAACUUGUGAUGUUAUUGCUUUAG